AAUUAUGCACCGUCGACAGAGCAUGAUCUGCAGCAGGAUCAGACUGGAGAUCAACAAAGCCAGUCGUCGCAAAACAGAUCGAUUGCUUAAUGCAGCAGGAUCAAACUGGAGAUCGACAAAGCUAGUCGUCGCAGAAACAGAUCGAUUGCUUAACUACUAGUUGAUGAGAUGCUGCUAUAUUUUAUCCCCUUUAUGACUCUGAUCAAUAGGCCCCUUGAACAGCCUUGAAAGGAUGAGUGUAACUGCAUGUCUGCAUGCAUGCAUACACAAGCCAGGGUAAACAGCAACUAGCCAGGUUAUGAUAUGAUGUCUUGAUAAACAGAUGAAAGCCACCAGGGAGAGCUCAUAGCCAGUCUGCUUGUUCAGCAGAUAGAGCAGAUGCACAUUCUUUCAACUCCGGUUGUGUUCUGCAAGAUAAUUUACAAGUUGAGCGAGUGACGAGCUGUGAGAAUAACCAGUCCAUCAGGUAGGUGUUUUCUGCAUGCGCAAUGUUUAAUAUGGCGCAAUCCUCGACGUAGAUUCAUAAUUUGCAGCCCACCAAUCAAAAAAGAGGAGUUGACCUUUGAUGGCGACGGGAGCUUCUCCGCAUCUAUGUAUAAUGAACAUUCCUUGGCUUCUGAGCAAUCAACACAAAAGCAGCAGGGCUUUUCAUCGCUGUACAGACACUCCCAUCCUGCACCGGCGUGCAGUGCAAAAACUUCGGCGACAAUGUCGAGAACCAUGGCGGACGGAAGUGAAGACGUCAAUGGCAACAUCUCCAGGACAGGGUCGCACCGCCAGACAGACUACCAUGGAUACAAGGUCGGGUUCCCGCCGGCGAAGGGCCUCUUUGCGGAGUUAGCCGAAGGGGUGAAGGAGACCUUCUUUGCCGACGACCCGCUGCGGGAGUACAAGGACCAGCCGAGGUCCAAGAAGCUGUGGCUCAGCCUGGUGCAUCUCUUUCCGGUGCUGGACUGGGCCAGAAGCUACACCUUCGGCAUGUUCAAGGGGGACUUCGUCGCCGGCCUCACCAUCGCCAGCCUCUGCAUACCUCAGGACAUCGGUUACGCCAAGCUUGCUUUCCUGCCAGCACAUGUUGGGCUCUACAGUAGCUUCGUUCCACCUCUGGUAUACGCUGUGAUGGGCACUUCCAGGGACAUAGCAAUCGGUCCCGCGGCCGUCCUGUCGCUGUUGCUCGGGACUCUCCUCCAGGAAGAGAUCGAUCCGGUUAAGAAUCCAUAUGAGUACAGCAGGCUGGCGUUCACCGCGACAUUCUUCGCAGGGAUCACUCAGGCAAUGCUCGGAUUCUUCAGGCUAGGGUUUAUCAUAGAGUUCUUAUCUCAUGCAGCCAUCGUUGGUUUCAUGGCGGGUGCAGCCAUCACCAUUGGCCUUCAGCAGCUGAAAGGCUUCCUUGGCAUCGCAAAAUUCACCAAGAAGUCUGACAUCAUCUCAGUCAUGGAAUCAGUAUGGGGAAAUGUACACCAUGGGUGUAACUGGCAGACGAUAUUGAUUGGAGCAUCCUUCUUGGCGUUUCUUCUAACUACCAAAUACAUUGCCAAGAAGAAUAAAAAGCUCUUCUGGGUUUCUGCAAUCGCUCCACUCAUUUCAGUGAUCGUAUCCACAUUCUGUGUGUUCAUCACCCGUGCAGACAAGCAGGGUGUUGCAAUUGUCAAGGAUAGAAAGGAAGGCAUCAAUCCACCAUCAUUUCAUCUCAUAUAUUGGUCUGGCCCAUACUUAGCAAAAGGAUUCAGAAUUGGUGUAGUAGCCGGAAUGGUCGGCUUAACGGAAGCAAUCGCAAUUGGAAGAACAUUUGCUGCCAUGAAGGACUACCAAAUAGAUGGGAAUAAAGAAAUGCUGGCCCUAGGAACAAUGAACAUUGUUGGUUCAAUGACUUCAUGCUACGUAGGCACAGGUUCUAUGUCUCGAUCAGCAGUCAAUUACAUGGCUGGCUGCAAAACAGCCAUAUCCAAUGUUGUUAUGGCAAUUGUAGUGAUGCUUACGCUGUUGUUGAUCACUCCAUUGUUCAAGUACACACCCAAUGCCAUUCUAGCUUCUAUCAUCAUAAAUGCAGUGGUUAGCCUAGUUGACUAUGAAACGGCGUACCUUAUCUGGAAGGUUGAUAAAAUGGACUUCAUGGCAUUGCUAGGAGCAUUCUUUGGGGUCGUAUUUGCAUCAGUGGAGUACGGCUUGCUCAUUGCGGUUGCAAUAUCUCUUGGCAAAAUUCUUCUCCAAGUAACACGGCCAAGAACAGCUUUACUCGGUAACCUUCCAAGGACAACAAUCUACACGAAUGUUGAACAAUACCCAGAGGCUAGCAAGGUACCUGGGGUUAUGAUUGUCAGAGUGGACUCAGCCAUCUACUUCACAAACUCCAAUUAUGUUAAAGACAGAAUCCUGAGAUGGCUGAGAGACGAGGAGGAACAACAGCAGGAACAGAAGCUGUCCAAAACAGAAUUUCUCAUUGUUGAGCUAUCUCCGGUGACUGAUAUCGACACAAGUGGAAUCCAUGCCUUGGAGGAGUUGUUGAAAGCACUUGAAAAGCACAAAAUUCAGUUGAUCCUCGCCAAUCCCGGGCCGGCAGUGAUCCAGAAGCUGUGGUCAGCAAAAUUCACGGAGCUCAUUGGCGAUGACAAGAUAUUCCUCUCUGUAGACGACGCGGUGAAGAAAUUUGCUCCGAAGUCAGCCCUGAACGUGUGAAGAAGAUGCGCCUAACAAAGCGAUGUACAUGUGAAGCAAAGGGAUGUGUUGGUGCUGUUUUUUAUAGAGCAAGGAGCAUACAAGUGAAUGGCAUAGCUUGUGUAAAGGUAAAUAAUGGAGGUGUUCAGAGUUGGAGCAUGUCAGGUUUGCAAGAUGCGGUUGGAGGAAAAGGAGAAGAUGGUGGCCUAGCUGGACAUCUACAUCAGUGUGCGUGGUCGUGGUGUGUGUCAGCGAGCAGUUGGAUGGAGGUUCAUAUCAUAAUCCAUCUUUGGGGUAAUUUUUCUCCCCGGUCUUUGGAUCCACACCUCUGUAUCUUGUUAGUGUUUGUACUUCAAGUUGAAGGCUUCAUAAUGAGGUUUGGCAUUUUGGCCCAGUGGUAUGGUGCACUAGAUUGCGAGGCAUGCUCGAACUUGUGUGAGUAAUAAGGAUACUAAAGGUUCAAACACUGUACUCUGAUAAGAUGAGUUGCUUGCUUGCGCAUUUCAGCUCUGGGGUAUUGAACCAAACACAUGGCGUGCAUGUGUGAACUUUGCUAUUGACUAGCAAUGGCAUGCAUGUGUAAGCUGUCGAGUGCUCACUGUUGCCACAAAAGGCGUAGCGAUGCCUAUAGUACUUACUCAAAUUUGCUUGACCACCGCAGCCAAGCACCGAGAUAGGUGAGCUCACCGUCUCCGUCCGCCGCC